CGGGUGUCCCGCGGCCGCCGAGGACGGCGUCCCCUUGGUGCGCAGCGCGCGGCUCUGGUGUGGACUGUGGUCAGAAGGAUAUUCUAAACAUUCAGAAGUCAUAGGAGUCCUCCAACAUGAGGGCAGCUCUUCAGGCAGUAGCACUGUGGGGGAAGAGGGCACCUCCCCACAGCAUCACCGCCAUCAUGAUUACAGAUGACCAGCGGACAGUUGUGACCGGCAGUCAGGAGGGCCAGCUCUGCCUCUGGGACCUGUCCCCUGAGCUGAAGAUUUCAGCUAAGGAACUCCUCUUUGGUCAUUCAGCUUCAAUCACAUGUUUAGCACGAGCAAGAGACUUCUCUAAACAGCCUUAUGUUGUAAGUGCUGCUGAAAACGGGGAGAUGUGUAUGUGGAAUGUAACCAGUGGCCAGUGCGUGGAGAAGGCCACACUUCCGUACAAGCACACAGCAAUCUGCUAUUACCACUGCUCAUCCCGAAUGACAGGGGAAGGCUGGCUUCUUUGCUGUGGAGAGUAUCAAGAUGUCCUCAUAAUUGAUGCUAAAACGUUGGCUGUUGUCCACACCUUCAUGUCAUCACAGUCUCCCGAUUGGAUGGUGUGCCUAUGCAUCGUGCACUCCGUGAGAAUUCAAGAAGAUUCUCUGUUGGUGGUAUCUGUAACUGGUGAGCUCAAAGUGUGGGACCUCUCCUCAUCCAUCAAUAGUAUUCAGGAAAAGCAAGACGUCUAUGAAAAAGAAUCCAAGUUUCUCGGCUCUUUAAACUGCCAGAUGAUACGAUUUUGCACAUAUACAGAGAGACUCCUGCUGGUGGUAUUUUCUAAAUGUUGGAAGGUUUAUGACUAUUGUGAUUUUUCCCUUCUGUGGACUGAAGUUAGUGGAGAGGGGCAGUUCUUUGCUGGUGGGGAGGUGCUGGCUGCUCACAGAGUCCUCGUCUGGACUGAAGACGGUCACAGUUACAUCUAUCAGCUGCUAAACAGUGGGCUUUCCAAAUGCAUAUACCCUGCCGAUGGAGGAGGAUGCAAGGAGACCAUUUACCCACAUCUACUGUGCUCCACUUCUGUGGAGGAAAACAAGAGCCUCCGUUCUGUUAUGGGCUACAUGAAUGAAAGGAAGGAGCCUUUUUAUAAAGUUCUCUUCUCUGGAGGCAUCUCAGGAAGAAUUACUCUGUGGCACAUUCCAGAUGUUCCAGUAUCCAAAUUUGAUGGCUCCCCAAGAGAGAUACCAAUAACUACCACCUGGACCCUUCAAGAUAACUUUGAUAAACAUCAAACUAUGUCACAAAAUCUAAUUGACCAUUUCUCUGGGUCCAAAGAGGAGGCAGGAAUGGCAGUAGUCACUGCAUCUGAAUAUGUCCCAAGUCUUGACAAACUCAUAUGUGGCUGUGAGGAUGGCAUGAUUUUCAUCACAAAGGCUUUGAAUGCUGCCAAAGCAGGACUUCUAGAAGGUGGCUGUUCAUUAAAAGACUCCCUCUGUCCUAAGGCCCUCAAAGGCCAUCACCAUAGUGUGACUUCAUUACUUUACCCACAUGGCCUCUCUUCGAAGCUGGACCAGAGUUGGAUGGUGUCUGGAGAUCGAGGUGCCUGUGUCAUCCUGUGGGACAUCUUCACUGAAGAAAUUCUGCAUAGGUUCCUCUUGGAAGCUGGUCCUGUGACAAGUCUUUUGAUGUCACCAGAGAACUUCACACUAAGAGAUGAUCCAAUGAUCUGCUGUGUGUGCGGGGACCACUCUGUGUCUCUGCUUCACCUGGAGGGAAGGCGCUGCCUCCUGCGAGCCCGGAAGCACCUUUUCCCUGUGAAGACCAUCCGAUGGCACCCAGUGGAGAACUUUCUAAUUGUAGGCUGUGCAGAUGACUCUGUCUACAUCUGGGAAAUCGAAACAGGCACUCUGGAAAGACACGAGACAGGAGAGAGAGCAAGGAUUAUUCUUAAUUGUGCAGAAAAUCCUCAGCCUCUGAAGACUGCACCCAUGCUCUCAGUUGCCUCAGAGACAUACAAGCACAGAGGAAUAGAGGCAGGGUCCUCAAGCCCCCACCAGCCUGGGCCAGGGCCCUGCCCCACUCUGCAGGUGGAAUCUUCCUAUAAGGUUGCUGAUGCCAUAUCUGUUCCAAGGCCUUUUAAUGUCUUGCCUGUGAAAACAAAAUGGAGUGAUGUUGGCUUUCACAUCCUGCUGUUUGAUCUGGAAAACCUUGUUGAAGGGAUGCUGCCAAGGCCCCUCAGUGGCACUGACCCUCCGGGUUCAUUCUAUGGCAGUGGCAUCCUGAGGAGAGCCAAGAGCACUGUGGAGAAGACGGCCCUGACAAUGAAAAGAAGCAAAGCGUCCUGCACUUCUCUGUCUGCUGAGGCUCAGACCAAGCCUGCAAGUGAGAGCCCAGCCCCAGGGGACAGUAUCUUCAGCUUCUCAGAGGAAAAUGACAGCUUGAAGAGGCAGAAGAAAACAAAGCAUUCCAAAAAGACAUGUGCUAAGCCAUACAGCAAGGCCGAUGCUAAUCUCACCAUCGACACAGCGAAACUGUUCCUGUCGUGUCUCCUGCCAUGGGGGGUGGAUAAAGAAUUAGACUACCUCUGCACCAGACACCUCAAUAUCCUGAAGCUGCAGGGUCCCGUGUCUUUGGGACUUGCCUCCGAUGGAGAGCAGUUCUCUCUGAUGCUCCCGGGUUGGGACUUGGACAGCAGUGACAUGAAGUACCCAAGAGUGAAUCUGUUUUCCAGAAAAGUUUUGGACUUGUCACAUAAAUACACAGCCACUCUUCCAAGCCAGGCUGGAAUACCAAGAAACCUGGAAAGCCACUGUGACCCUUUACAGGAGUCAAACACGAUAGGUUACUUAUUGAGAAGACUGGUUUUGGUGACCACAUUAGUUAACAUGCCUUUAGAAGCAGCCUGUGAGACUAACAGACCCUUGAAAAUGGAAUUCAUGCAUAAGGGGAAAAGCCCUGGGAAUGAUAUUUUGAAUAUAUCAAGUUUCUACGGACACUUAAGAAAUGGCAAGAAUGUACCCCUUCCACCUGAGGCGGACCUUUCGCUUCUGAAGCUGAUCUCCUGCUGGAGAGACCAGUCUGUGCAGGUGACAGAAGCAAUACAAGCUGUUCUCUUGGCCGAGGUUCAGCAGCACAUGCAGAGUUUGAGAAACUUCCCAGUCAUUACUCAGCCCGCGCCCAUGGCAGAGAGCGACUUCCAUGACGUGAUACAGUUCUCAGCAAGGAUGGCGGCACGUGAGGAAGAGCUGCAGUCACAGUGCAUCACAAAAGUUGUGGCUCCACAAACUCCAGCCAUCCUGGGCAAGCAUGACAACAACUCAAACACAGCGAACACCCAUGAUGCUGAGGACAUGCCUGACAGACAUGUUCUGGAAGAAUCUGAGAUUCCAGGCCAACUGAGGUAUCAUUCAUGGCUGGCAAAGGUGUGCGCCUGCAAGAUGUGCUAAAGCCAGUCUCACAUCAGAAACCUAUCUGAACAAAUUGGCAAAUGCAAAGUGUUAUUUGUUUAUCAUCAAAUAAAGCAAUGCUGCUUAUAUUGGUUUGUAGCAUAUUUGCUAAUACUUUAGCCAAAGUGUAUUUAAAGUGUUAUUGAUUGAAAACGCCAAAAUUCUACUUCCAGAAAAUCACUUAGUUAUUCUAAUUUUAUGUUAUAAUUUCCAACAAAACACCAGCCACAUGACUAAUUCAACCCUGCUUCAGAAUGUCUUCAUUUCUUUUCAGCUCCUGAAUUGUAUAAUAAAUGGUGUUCAAGCCAAGUUAACACACACUGCUUUUGAUGUUACCUCAGUAUAUUUAUCCUAAAGCUGUACCAACUUUGAUUGGUUAGGGUAGAACAUUAUGCAUUAGUGGAUAUUUUAAUUCAAACCCAUUACUGCAACAGAUCUCAUUCAUAAGCAUGAAAUGCUGUCAACAGAUACUCAGGUCCACUUAGCCAUCAACUAGUCCAAAUAGUGACACACCAUAUAACAGUGAGCAGCCUGGUACAGUCUAGUUAGUUUGGACUUCUAAUGACAUUGUGACUAAUGUCAUUAAAGGUUGAUCUUAUUAGCCAUGCAGACUUGAAUGAGGCAAGGAGAACGUACUUAAACUAUACCACUGUUGAUUCUUAUCAAGUUGAAACUCUUGCAAUUCUCUUCCCAGAAAGGAAGCUUGAGUAGCAGGAACUAAAGGUAUAUAAUAUGCAAACCAGUAUAAUCAGAAGUUGACAGAAAUGCUCAUCUAUUAAAUCUGAGUUGUUUGCUGGGAUUCAUAUUGAACAAUUCUUUAAUUUAUAGAAAAUCAUGCAAGAUUAUUAAUGUACAUAUAUAUGAAUUCAGGUAUAUCCUAAACCAUAGAAAAAUGAACAGAAGUAUUAAAUAUAUGAUAUAUAGCCCGGCCUAUCUGUCUAAUAAGGAGGUUAAUGUCACUUUAAUUAAUUCAACACCUUUUUCAUCACCAGCCUCAGGUCCUAUGUUGGGAUGCAGUGGUCGGGGGUAGGAGAGAUUAAACAAGAGAAAUAUAUAAUUGAAAUACCAUGUUCCCUGUUCUUCAGGACUUAUAAUUAGCACCAGAAAGUCAGAAAGUAGAUAUCAAAUGAGUCUAGCAAUUUUAAGGUACAUAUUACUUUUGUCCUAACAUACCAUGCCCCUCUAUGAUAUUAAUUUCAAUUUGUACUUAGGAUACUACUGUCAAUGCAAAUAAUCAUUGAAAUUAGUGAUACUUUGAACUUUAAUACUUUGAACAUUGACAUAAUUUUUACCCCUUUGAAAAUAGCCAAAAGCUGCUUGAAACAACUUUCAAGAUAAAGGGAGUUAGUGAACAAAAGUAAUGGAAUUGAUUUUUCUUGCAUGCUGAAUGCUGGCUUUGGGGCCAUUACAAUGAGUCUAAAGAACAUUUGGAAUGAUGGCAAAUUAAAUAUGUAUGGCCUCAAAGGAGAAAUUUUAAUGGUUAAAAUCCACAUGUAUGCUAAAAUUCUGCUAUUUAAACAAUAAACUUUAUUAUUUGUAUUGCUA